CAACCGUCCCGUGCUGAAGUCGCGUGCAUCUGCAGGAAGAAGAAGAAGCAUCAGCCAUGGCGUUCGCCCGAAUGGCCUCGUCGCUGUUUCUCGUUUUCCUGGCGACGUUGGGGAGCGGCGUCGGCGCCGAAGACGAUGGGCCGUCCGUUCUAAGGAGCAUGCUGGCUGCGUUCAUGAAGCAAGGUGCCCAGGCCUGCGGCACUGUGCUUCCGGCCAGUAUCGCCCAAACUGACCGGGACGGGCUGGUCAAGAAGCACAACGAACUCCGGUCGAAGGUGGCCAAGGGCGCGGGAACUUUACCGAAGGCGACCAACAUGAGGAAACUGAAGUGGGACGAGGCACUGGCAAAGAAGGCCCAGGAGACCGCGGAUAAGUGCGACCCUACGAAACAAGAAACCGGAGACACGCUGAACACAGGGUCGUUAACCGGGGUGCAUCAGAAUGUGGGCUCCGGCGACCUCGCUGAAGAUAAGGCGAACAUCAUGCAAUUUGCCGAAGGCAUUCUAGACAAGUGGUUCGAAGAGCAUUCGAAAAUCAAAGCGACUGUCGUGGACAAAUACGUGGCUCAAACAGACCGCCAAACGGAGAGCUUUGCACAGCUUGUCUGGGCUGAGACCGAAUUGGUUGGCUGUGGAUUCAAGCAUUACAAGGUGACAACAGCAUCGAAGGCGAUCUUAGUGUGCAAUUACCACCCUGGGUUGAAGGUGGGGGCUGCGAUCUACAAGAAAGGCGACCCUUGCAGUGACUGCGGCGAUGGUUUAGCAUGCGACGACAUGAAAUUAUGCGGAAAGCCGAGCGGUGACAGCUCGGCCACGGGCAAAUCGAAAGCGGAAGAAGGCGGCUUCUCCAUCCUGGCCUUCCUCGGCAUCCUCGGCGUGCUGGCGGCUGUCGGGGCCAUCGUCGCUGGCGUCAUCAUCAUGCACAAGCAGCACGCGGAGGCUGCCGCAGCUUUGGCCGCCCCCGCCCAGCCCGGCGGUCACGAGGAGGGAACGGGCGGCCCCCACGAGGCCGCAGCCGAGCACGCCGUCGGGGACGCCGCCGCCGCCGACGCGCACAAGGCCGAGCCAGGCGCCGAGGGCGAGAAGGCGGCCGAGUCUCCCGACGCUGCUGCAGCGAGCCACGAGGCGCUCACCAAAAAGUGAAGGCCCGCCUCGCGUCCGGCGACGACGUCUUCGGGGCGCCUCGCAUGUCGCGGGACACGCGAGCGAAGAGAUGCGCGCUGGACCCGCCGCCUCUUUCGUAGGAGGCUGGACGACGGACAGCUGUUACGAAAGUUGAAAAAGAAAAAGGGGGCAUCAGCAAGAAAAAUCCUCUUGUGAUGUCACUCGCCAUUAUCCGGGCGUAUUCGUUAAGUACCUUCCUAAGGCUUUUUUCCUUGACGUCAAGCGAGGAAUGUCGAAGUGAUAAGGUCAUUUUAUUGAAAUUUAUUUCCAAACCGA